AUGCUAGCCGUUGUCUUCCUACUGGAGGUAAUUCGAUUUGCAUUGGCUGGCGAUGCAGUCGUCAGCUUUAGCUCCGCCACAUCCGCGGGCCUCAUUCGACCAGGAACGAGUUUCAAGAUCGAGGUCUUCGGAAGCAAUUUCGAUGAGAUCAACGACAAGAUCCUGUUAGUUCCGAAUGGAGUCACGUGCGGAGAUCCGGCAACGCCUCCGCGAGGUAAGUAUUCCAGCGUAACAGACUACUACAGCCUGGUCUGUGAUGGGCAAAGCAGUGCCGCUGGGCGCUUGGUAUGUGAAGAUUUGUCUGUGUACGAGGCUGGCACCUAUACCAUCUGCGUCUGCGACGCUUCAGCAUUACACCGACCAGGGCCACCCAGUGCAGGACCUGCCCCCGCCGAGAACGCGACUGACUCGGCCAAUGACACUGGUCCUACUACGACAACCAUGACCUUCACAUCGACCGUAACAUCAUCAGCCUGUAUCACUGCGGAGAGAUUUUGGCUAGGAGGUGAUAGCACGGGGACGGUGACCGUCAAUGGCCCGAGGAAUCAGGGUACGCUGAUGGAGCGGGCCGGAACGCCUUUCAGAGUGAUCAUUUCGGGCAGCAGUUUAAGCAGCAGAGAUCGCAUCCGAAUCGUGGAUGGCUCGACCGACUGCUAUGACAUCGCUGCAUCCAAGCCGAUGCACCCUGCAGUGGCCACCGACUUUCCCUACACAGACCCUUCGGGGCAGAGAGACUCUGGCUUCGACACGAAUGAGAUGUGGGAAAACAUCGGCAUCACGACUCCUGGCACCUACCAAGUGUGCUGGUGUUCCGCUGGCGGGACGAUCUCGGGUACGUGCAGCAAUGACCAGGAAUUCACAACAAAUGUUGCAACCCUCGAAGUGGGUGGGCCUACAGCAGGCGUCAUCCAGUCCUUCGAGUGCAUCACUGGCGUUGCCUGCACUCUUCCGAUUACAGGAGCAGGCCUAAACAACAAUGACCGCAUCGCCAUCAUUGCUGACCAUCUCGAGUGCGGCUUCGCUCCCCAGUCCAGCGCGGUGGUUGCAGGGGGUAACUUCGCCAAUCCCAGAACCAGUGGAUCUGAUACCCUCUCUCGAUUUGGCGGUGUCAUCAUGGGCCGGCACGGGAACUUCAAAGUUUGCUGGUGCGGCAGCUACGAUGAGAUCAACUGCCCACUUUGUUGCACACAAGUAGAUCACUACACGGUCCACGCUGGCAACGUCACGAGUGGCGGCCCGAUCCAAGGCCAAAUUGACCGGCCACCGGUGGGCGUGCCCUUUGCCUACACGAUUUCGGGAUGGGGCAUGAGCAGCGUUGACAGGAUACGGCUCGUGGACCAAAACGUCAUUUGCGGGCGUUCGGGAGCAGAGACGCAUUCCCUUGGAAUUGAAGCCAGCACGGUGCCGAACGGACCUCCAACGUAUACCGAGGGGGACCCUUCCAACCGCACAAGCGCGAGUUGGACUGGCAUCGUGGUCCGCGAGAUGCGAAUCUAUCGCGUUUGUUGGUGUGCCCAUUUCUACAUGGGGUGCACUUCCGGUGCCCAUUUUGCGUUAGACAUUGGCAUCAUCAACCCAAGGGGCGCGUCCAACUCCACCUACAUCAAUGCCAUCCCCGGGCGUCCGUUUUCUCUCACAGUGAAUGCAGCCCCGGGCUCUUACCUCACUGGCGAUGACCGCAUCAGGAUUGUGCGGUCAGAGGUGUCAGAUGGAAAGUGCGGAGGCUUCGGCACAUCUGAGCACUCGCCCUCAGUGGCGGCUCUAGCGUGCUGGCCCACAUGUGAAGAUUCUCCCGUCUGGGGAGCCCCUGAGAUGGGCCCAGACAACGAAACAGAGACUUGGGAUCCUGUACUCAUCAUGGAGAGCGGGACUUACAACAUCUGCUGGUGCAACUCCGGGCAAGGUGGCUGUGACAGCGAUGAGGACUUCUCCUUCAAAGCCGGUAUGAUCAUGGCGAAUGGCGUGAAUAUCGGCCAACAUUGGCACUGCGCCGCCUACUUUCCUUGCACCGUCGAAAUCCAGAUGUCAGAUGGCCUUGCCUCUGGAGAUUACCUGCAGUUGGUCACCGCAGCUCCGGGUGCCCGGUGCGGCGCAGAGAGCAGGGCAGCUGCAACAAGCUUCACGAGGGGCACACGUGUUAGUGGUUACUCCGGCAAGGACACAAGCGGGCAAGACGUCGUUAUGUUCGAGUUUGGCUCCCCAUCAGCUCCAGGUAUCUACCUCGCCUGCUACUGUCAAGGCACAAUCUGCAGAACAAGCUCUGUGACUGACCUCGACUUCUUCCAGCAAGCAGGGCAGGUCACGGUGAUGGGACUGCAGGGCCGCGACGACUACCACAAAUGCUACCUGCGCAGCUCCUGCCAGCUGAACAUACGAGGCGCAGGACUGGACGCUCAAGACGCUCUGAUGCUCUUGGAUCCAAUGGAUAAUUGUGGCCAGACUGGCACUCCAGUGAGCUUCAGCCUUGAUGGGCCACGGUUCUUCACCAGCGGUGGGGACAGGCUUUUCAUUGGCAAUCUCACUUCCACAAGCAAUGAAGGCCUGGAGAGUUGGACGUUUACCCUCGGCACUCCGAUUCGCACCGGAAGACACCGAGUGUGCUACUGCAGCCGCGGGCGAGCCAGCAGCGGCAUGUGCGAGAACAGGGCAGACUUUGACCAAGCCGCAGGCGAGCUCUUCAUCCGUGGGUCCGAGUUCAAUUCAGAACUCCGCUGUGAGCAGGGGGAGCUCUGCACGAUCACAGCUCGCGGAGCGCAGUUUGAUGCAUUGGACCGGAUGGUGUUGCUGAAGGACGGUACCGGCCACCACUGCGGAAUGGUGAACGGUGGACAGUAUCCUUCCUGGGCUACCCCCCUGACGCCCGAGAACAUUCAACCUGAUGCCAUCAUUCCAGAUCUUUGGGCCGCGACGUGGCGUAUUGCCAAUGUGCGUGAGCCGGGAACAUACCGGAUCUGCUACUGCGCCUACAUCAUAGGUGGCACGGCUUGCGUGGAACCUGGUCAAUUGACCCCAUACGAACGCUACAAGCAUGAGCUCGGCACGGUUAGGGUCACUGGAUCUAUCCUAGCCGUGCGGCAGGUUGGAGUCACCCCGGGGUACUGGCAGCCGAAGCUCCCCGCGGCAAAGUACGCAGUCAGUGUUGAAGUGGACGCUCUGAACACUUUCAUGAAGUACACAUGCGUUGCCACCACCCGGCCUGCACCUGACGGUUUCGUCCCGCGAAAGUCGGACUUGGAAAACUGCACCAAGGAUGUUGAGGAACUUACCGACCGACAAAGACUCUUUCCUCGAUGCUGGGGGAUCGGAACCACGGUCGAAACCGUCACUGAGAUGGGGCCAAACUUGGUGCACGUUCCGACCCACAUCCCUGACCUCACCCUGGAGACAGCUGUGGAAAUGCACGUCUGGUGUUAUGGUCGAGAUCUGUGCUCAAAUGAGCGCUGCGUCAUGCCAGCGGACAAUGUCGGCCUUGCAGUUCCUCUCACAGGUGGCCUUGUGUCUUACUCGACGAACUGGGCAGCUACUGUGUCAACGCCAUUUUCACUGCGGGUGCCUUUGGCCAGUGACUUUGAUAUCGGUGAUCCGUGGCCACGCAUAAAGAUUAUCACGCACGAGAGUGCCUGUGACACUACGCAGCUGCACCGUUCGGUCAUGGGCAUUACGUGCCUGGAGAGUGGAGUUGGGAAGUGCGAGCCAGCACCGAUUUCCACCUUGUCCUCCGGUUCAUGGGGCUCUGGACGAGAGCUGAUCUGGACCGGCAUUGCAGUCACGCGGGCAGACAAGUAUACCGUGUGCUAUUGCGAUCGACACUAUGCAAGUACCUGUGUGGGCUGGAUCAGCAUCGGCUCCUUGCAAGUGAACGGACCCCAAAACGCUGGCUCCAUGAGGUUCGUCAUCAAUCCUGGAGUACCGGGUACGGUCACAGUCCCCGGCAUCGGCUUGGCCACAGAAGACAGGAUUCGCAUCAUUCCGCAGAACGUGGGGUGCAUGCAAGUCAGUGCGGCCACGACGACCACUCCUUCCGCGCGCAGGCUCCAGAUUGACUUCCGAUCGGGAUCUGCAAUUUCUGCGAACGGAACGCACGAGGAGUGGGACAUCUUGAUCAGUGUGGAAGGGACUUACAAUGUGUGCUGGUGCGGCGGUGUCGAGAGCAGUUGCAGCUCGGCCGAUGACUACACGGUGUUCCUGGGGACACUCUCAGUGGCCACAAGGCGAGACUGUGAGGUCACAGACUGGUGGGUCGUGACUGAGUGCACAAAAGCUUGUGGCGGUGGCGAGGUCAAGAUGAGGCGUGGCAUUCUCCACGAGGCGUCGGGCGGUGGCCAGGCAUGCCCCAGUCAGUCCGAGCUGGUGAAGACCGAGCAGUGCAACAUGAAGCCUUGCCCUCUGGCUCGACUGGAUCGUCUGACCACGUCGCCCGAGAAGCUCUAUGCAGGCUCACCCUUCCAAAUGACCAUCGAGGGUGAGUGGCUGGACCCAGAUAGCGACAGCUUUGCUCUCAGCUGGUUGACACGUGGAGUUCACAGGCACAUCAUGGUGGCGCUUCCUGCAACAAUUUCGGUGCCAGUGGCUUCGCCCUGGUUUGUGGAAAUGGCGUAUUGGCAGAUCACGCCCAGAAGUGUUUACUUCAGAAACACUUGGCACCAGUUGCCAGCCUGGGCAGUACACUCGGAAUACGCUCCACUAAGCCCACUAAGCAUCAAGCAUCAAGCAUCAGCACAGCUCUGUGCUCUGGAUCAAAUGCGUUCAGAUGCCUUCAUGGACAUGCGAGAUGUCCGCAUCCAGCCUGCCGCGCCCCUGCAAGCCCUGCAGACGGCAAGUGGAGCAUAUGAAGCCCGGCGCUUCGGGCUGGUCUACGUCGAUCAACGGGGACUGCUGCCUGAAUACAUCAUCACGGCCACUCGCCAGCACGAUCGUGCAGUUUAUGUCAAGCCCGACUCCUCCAAGUACCUGGCAUACAGCGCGGCGAGGCGCUCCUGGCAGGUCUCACGCUCCUUGGGGCCCUCGGGCUCUUACGCCUCCUGCCCCGGAGAGGAUGCAAGCCCGACUGCUCUCAAGCUGGCAUGCAACAUUGGUACACGGACGGAGCAGGGCCUUCAAAUCCUUGAUGUUCCUCUCCCGACGUCUCUGCACGUGUCUGGAGCAGCUGCGCGAGGCUUGGAUUUUCAGGGGGAGUUUUGCCUCCAGCAGGUGACUGAAAACAUUGUCCUUGGACGAUCUGUGAGCACUCCGGUUUACCAACUGUCGGCAUCAUCCCCUUGCGGAGAUGGGCCAGCAGACGGAACAACAAUACUUCGACUUGAGUCGACGUCCUGGGCCUUCAUGCGCUCCACCUGCGAGAAUCCUCCGUGCGAUGAGAAGCCCAUCACUCUGGCGGCCUGUGACAGUCAAGUGCUCCGCCCUGACCGGCUUACAGCUGACUGCUUUGGCUUCCGAGCAGAUGAGUUCAGCAUUGUGCCUGCGUGCGCACGAGAUGCUCCACUGUCCGUGGAGGUGGCAGGCCCUUCGAAAGGUCCAGGCAGCCAAGAGCGCGGCGAAUACCGCCGGACCUUUGACCUGGCAGGGCGACCUGCUUACGAGAAACCGGACGAGUCCCGGCACCUGUUUUACAGCCCAGAUUUGGGGGGCUGGCAGCUUUCUGCUGCCAAGGGGCUGGGCACAGGAACUGCACACUCCGCAGCUUGCGCCUGCACCCCUCAGGAGCUGCAGGGUCCAUGGCAGGUGCUCGAUGACCAAGGCCGACCACAAGAAGUGCCGCUAGUCGUUGCUGCGAGGCCGCCUCCGCCACGGCUGACCUUCACUGGUUGGCCGCCACACUUGGCUCACUUCGCUGAUGAUUAUGAGCUGGUCGACUUCGGCUCGUAUGGCUUGAGUGGCAGGCCAUCGUACGUCCUCGCAUUAAGCGGCCGUUCGGUGCGGGCUUCCUGCCUGAAGUUUCCGCUGCCGGGCUGUGAGGGCACAAGCGCUUACCUCAACUUUGCCACCGUCUCUUUCAACUUACUCUCUUCCGAGUGGCAGCUUUCGCUUCAAGGGCAGACUCUGGCGGCAGCUGCUUCGGAGAUGGAACCACCUCAAGGCGCGUUGCAGUGGCACUUGGACCUUUUCUCCAAGCGCAUUUGCAUGCCGCUACCUUCCUUACAGCUUGUGGAGGAGCUCUGGGCGCCGUCAGCCGUAUUAGUUUCUGGGUGGAUGGGAGUUAUCAACGCCGCAGUGAAUGGAGAGUAUCUUCGGAGACCUGAAGACCAUCAAGGUCGGCCAUGGUACAUGAAAUCCACAGGAUCGGCGAACCUCUUCUACAGCCAGGCCCGAGCUGCUUGGGUCAUCUCCCGCAGCGAACCAACAUCGCAACAGGGGUUCAUGGCUACAUGCCCGGAGCCGCAUGCCCGAAAUCCUUCGCGUCUCCCGCGCUGCUGGACCGUGGGCAUCUCCUAUGCGGCAGGCAUGCUUGUGGAGGCACUGGCGCCGGCGGAUGGCCUCCACUUACAAGGUGCGCCAUCGGGCCUGUCGGGCCCGUCCUGCAACGGAUAUUUUAUGAAGACGGGCGAGCUCCACAAGCGCGCCGUCUACAGACAAGUGCAAGAGGAUGCAGGGGUGCAGCGCUGCUCCCUGUUCUACAAGACAUCUGAAAAUUCCUGGGUUUUGGCCCUUGGCAGACGCAAUGAUCGACCCCCUGGCGGAGCUGUCCUUUUCAAAGCACUCACCGGCGGGCACAGCCCAGAAGCUGCCUUUGCCUUCGCAAAAAUCCAGCAGCCAGGAUGGCAGUGGUCGGCCGACAACAAGUCUCACGGGCAGGACACGUUUCCGAUCCAUCUCCGCCGGCUGAGCAUCGGAGCCAGGUAUGUGCUCGUCACAUCUGACACGCACAAAGAGGCGCUGGAUGGCUGGUACGCACGGGUGGGUGAUGUUGACGGGCGCCCUGCGUACGCCCGCAAAGACGAAGACAAAAACAUCUCGCUUGCUUACAGCAACGCGGACGGGGACUGGCGCCUGACGAGCAAUGGCUCCCUCCUGGCAUUCAGCGCAGAUGUACGUGCGGCGGUCCCGGAGCAGAUCCGCACCUGGCGUGUGGCCAAUGGAAGCUUGGUCUUCGCAGAAGUGGCCUUGACCAUCACAGCAGCAGCGAGACGGAGUUUCUGCAUGCUUGUGCUGUGCAUGUCAUGCAUCCGAGAACUUCUGGCAUGA